GCACCUUCCGACCAGUUGGCAGGCAACCGCCGUUCGGAGAGCACAGUCGUCGACGUUGCUCUCCAGGUGUACUCCUCGAGCACGCGUCGCGGCGCCAUAUCCUCGAGCUCUGCGAGGAUGCUGUAGCGCGCGUGUCGUCCACGUGCUGUUAUCCUGGACUAAGGACUCUCUCUCUCUCUCUCUCUUUCCCUGAUCCACGUAAUCGACGCGAGUGCCGAUCGUCGCGACGCGUGCGUGUCCCGUCCGUCGGUUUCCUCCCAUGUGAUACGCGCCUCGAUAAUCGACCGAUAAGGACGAUAUCCGCGAUUAAUCGAUCGUCUCAAGAGGAAAGAGGGAGAUAGAGUGAGUGAGGGAUCAAGGGGGCAGAGGAGGCAGACAAAGGAAGCGAGAGGCGGGAGAGGGAGAAAGAGUUGCAGGUAGAAGAGAGGGGGGAGAAGUAGGAAAAAAGCACGCGACUCGAUCGGUCACCUGCGAGCCCCUUCGUCGAGACACGUUAGAAUGUAACGAGCGCUCCCGACGGACGAACCUACGACGGGACGAAAGGGAGAGCUACGUAAACAUGGCCGUGUAGCGAUCGGUCGGUCUGUAUGUUUGUCUCUAUCGGCGGAAGAGACGCACUCUCGGCGGUAAUUUCGCGCGACAAUCGCGAGAGACGAAGCUCGCAAUGAAUCGUGCGAUCAUCACGUAGAGGUGUUAGUGUGCUCGAGCAAGUCGUUGUUGAAGUGUUCGUCGGUGUGUCGCGAGAUCCAAGAAGUUAGAGCACGUGUUAGAAAGUGAGAGAGAGAGAGAAAGAGGGAGAGAGGAAGCGCGUUUAUUCGCGAUCUAGCAGCCGCCGGUAUUGUCUCGGAUUUUCCUUCUCCUGCCCACCCACGUUUCGUCAUCGGUCCACCUCCCCUACGAGAAUCGUCGCUUAUAAUGGAUAUACUACCGAAUGGAUUGCUCAUGUCAGCCAAGACCGGCGACAUCAUCACUUAUCACUCGUCUUUCUACUCGCCACCACCUACGGAAGCUUCCCGAUCGGGUUACGAUUCCAGUAGUGGCGGAGAUUCCGACAACGAGUACAACACGCCGACUUCCCGAAACAGUCAAGUACGAAGUCAAGGGCACAAUCAAGGAUCCGCGAACGGGUCAAGUCAAAGCCAAGGGAAGCAUAUAAAUAAGGGAAGAUGGACCAAAGAAGAGGACGCUCUGUUGAAACAAUUGGUGAGCAACACGGACCAGCACGGCACUGGGAUGCGGUGGGACGCUAUAGCUAGUCACUUUCCAGACCGCAGCGACGUGCAGUGCCAACAGAGAUGGGCGAAGGUCGUGAACCCGGAGUUGGUCAAGGGCCCAUGGACGAAGGAGGAGGAUGAGAAAGUGGUCGAGUUGGUGGAUAAAUACGGUCCGAAAAAAUGGACGUUGAUAGCGCGACAUCUGAAGGGUCGGAUCGGCAAGCAGUGCCGAGAACGAUGGCACAAUCACUUGAACCCGGGGAUCAAGAAGACCGCGUGGACGGAGGCUGAGGAUAAAAUAAUCGUCGAGGCUCACCGCAAAGUCGGCAAUCAAUGGGCCAAGAUCGCAAAAUUGUUACCAGGCAGAACUGACAAUGCGAUCAAGAAUCAUUGGAACAGCACAAUGAGGAGAAAGUAUGAAGCUGAAGAAAAAAAGACCACGAUUAAAGGUAGGGGCAAAAGGAAAAGCACGGAAGGCGUCAUGGUGACGACCGCAUACGUCUUGGAAGACGACAGCUCUAGCCAGAGUCGAUUGAAAGUUGCCUCGACUAGCAGCAACUCCACGAUGACGAGUGGUACCUCACAGGCUGCUGGCGUAUGUCCACUGGAGUGGAAUUGGGAGCAACAGCAAAAUUCGGGGUACGAGCUUCAUGUGAGCAGACGCACGCACGGCAACGAGAAGUGCGCGCAGUUCCCAUCGAAGAGGGAAUCAUAUCGAGUGAAGGACGAGACGAUCUCGUCGUUCACUAAAUAUUACAACCUUCACAUGCAAUGUGGAGCAUCCGGUUCAAAGGGCUCGGAGAUCAGAUUAAUGCCGAUGCCAGACCUGGAGGAGAUAUCCGAGCAUGUGGAAAAAGAAAAGAGUAGUCCACCACCUAUAUUGCGCAGACGCAGGAACAUGCACGGUCUCGUGUCCAAUCUCAUGCACAGAACCGAAACUCCCGACAGCGGUAAUCAGUCGGAUUACAUCGUUAUGAGUCAACACACGCAGCCUGGAAACAGCAGUCCUUCAACUCCCAUCAAACAACUCCCGUUCAGUCCUUCGCAAUUCCUCAACAGCCUAAGCCCGGAAACGUCGUCCUGGCCACGUGCUAGCACUCCUAAAGGAAGUAGUCCUGGCCCACUUACGACCCCGCAGCCUACCGGUCUCCGUCGUAGUCAAAACGAUACUAACACACCGCGGACACCAACACCGUUCAAGAAAGCCAUGGCCGAGUUUGAACUACGAAGCGGCACUACUACGCAACUUCCUGCCACUCCGAGCCGCCUGGACGCCUUAACCGAGAUAAUCAAGCAGGAAACCGACCGGGAGAGUCUUGCUGGAACAAGCGCGAUUCUUCAGGACUCGGGCUACGGAACGAUACGAAGACGCGGUAAAGAGAAUAGUGCACCUGGAGGGAAACGGGCACGCAAGGCACUGUCUCAGGCUUGGGCCAGCUCUACUCAGGACAACUCCGACGUGAGUUACGUAGUGGAGACACCGAGUAAGAGUCUGGACACUUCCGUAUUGUUCUCGCCUGCAUCCAUGGCUUUGGAAGACAGUUUCCUGACGGCAGGAACUAGUCCGGUAAAGAACUCCCACGACUUUACGUCCGUACAACGGAAGCCUAAUGCUAAGAGGGCGAUUACUUUCGACGCGUUCGACAGUCCCUGUAUCCUCAGCCCUCUGCCUCUCAGGCCGGUUAAACGCGCCAAGCUACAAUUGGAGGCACAAUGGACGACAGUGGCGUGUGGUCGCACGCGCGAUCAGAUCGACAUGACGCGCGCCGCUCGACGUUUCCUGAGCAUCCAUGGAUUUCUUCCGUUGCGCCCGCGUUCGUUGAACUUCUGAAAAGGGAGAGGCGAAGUGAGAGAGGAAAAAACAGAAAAGGAGAGAGAGGGAAAGCGGGAAAAUCCGGACGCGCUGCUUGCUGCUCGCGGUUGCACUUUGUCGUACAAAGCAAAAGAUAAAGUUUAAACUAGUCGUAGGUGAAAAUGUAAGGACGCGCGCUCCCGUUCGAGGAAAUUUCACGCGCGACCGCGUUCGCCAUUGGAUUCGUCGUCUCCCGCGCGCUAUAUAAAUUUCCCGAGGAAUAAUAAGUUAUACGAUGAAUUCGACAAGUUGGGCUCGACGCGCUGGUGGAUCAAUUGAUUAAAAAAGCAAAAAAAAGCAAAAAAAAUAAGUUUCUCGGCGCCGUGCAUGUGUCGUGUGACGUGCGACUCGUUGCGCGGCACGCACGACGUCCAGAAGCCGAUCGUGCGUUGUAGUAUACCGUCGCGAAAUUUUGGACGCAUCGAGUGCAAUUGGUCGGAUUCAACAAUAUAUUGACACCCAUAUACGCGUACACGGACACCCUCACUCAUUCACUCACUCACGAAUACACACAGACAUAUAUGCACUUGCGCGCGUGCACGCGAAGGCCACUGUGCUGUGUCCGUUGCGCCGUUUUCACCGAGAUGUAAGAAAGAAAAUAAGGAAGAGGUAUAUGAACUGAAAAGCGAAUAUUUUUCGACCGUGCUGGAUGAUAAGAAGUAGGCUAUCGCAUUAAAUCUUUUAUUUAUGAUUACGCGUGGAAAAUUACCACGCCGGAAAAAAGAAUGAUCUUCAUUGUUUUGUUCAUCUUUGAAUUUGGACGUGUGCGUCGGGAGAACGUUGAGUAUAAAUCUCUGAGUACGGGGAAAGAACUUACGAGUUUAUCUCGUCGUAUACGCCGCCGCUUCUUCGCACACCUCGCGUCACCAUCCGCUUCUUGUCAUCCUCAGGUGGGGAGAGUGAAAGGAAAGAAGGGGGGAGAAAGAGAGAGCAGAUUUAUUUGAUACAAUAGUAUAUAUUAUACGUAAUAUAAAACAAAAGCAUUAUUGCGGCCGUUAUGUACAAAGAGCCUUUGUAACUGAUAUUUAAUUUACAAGUGAACAUAAUAAAAUCGUGAUGGUAAUCACAACAGAAACUACGUAUAUCGUUUCGUGUCGGAAGAAGAAGAAAGCUACCCGUUCUGAUGCGCAUAAUAAUCGCGUCGCGGCUGAUGCGAGAAGACGCGUUUCUCAUCAACGUAAUCCGUUUUAUCAGACAAGGUGAACAUCUAACAUCGAUCGAUAAAAUCCUCUCGACAACGACGAUAUCAGCGAAUAGCUGCCUGCGCAAUAAAAUGUAAUAAACAAACCGCUGAAAAUUUGCUCUUGUAUAGUUUCUAAAGGAAAAGAAGAAAGCACUCGGUUCUCGCAACGGAUGUUUGUACGAAAGAACUCCACGUGAAAACCGUUUCAGAGCUACACGUUCGACUUAAAAUCAGCAUCUCGUCGUUAGAAACGCGAUAUAUUUUCACUAAACUCGAUACAAAUUCAAGGAGCCGUUGCUACCUCGCUUUCUAUGGAAUGCUAUGGAAUGGUAAAGUUCAUUUCGCUGGCGGCACUCAGCCUCCCGCUGUAAAAUUGCGCUUUGCCGAAGCAAGAGGGAAUCUCUCGCAGAAUUUCACACAUCUAAAAUGUAAUAAAUUUGGAAUGGUUA